UGGCCGCUGUAGCAUUUAGUACCUAUCGCUACGUGACUGGAUUUGACACCAAAGUAUCUCGUGGGAACUCAACAUGGCACAAGAACUUCAUUUAAAAUCUUGCAUGCGUUCGAACCUUCAAACCUUCGGACACAUCGAAGAAACUGAUUCAGAUUUCUUGUAAAUCGACGUUAACGCUACGGCUGCCAGGUUGAAACUCGUGAAAAUUUCUACAAAGUUAAAAUUUUGUCUCGAAAAUAUCGAAAAUUAGAUAAUUUAACGUCUGUCGUAAAAUUUCACCUUUGGAAUUAAUUUUUUUUCGUUUCUUAAUGAAAAAUCCUGUUACGCAAUAACAGAUAGUUCGACCGAGAUCUUCGAAGACUAAAGCUUAAAUUAAAUCGAACGUUUAAUAUUGGAUUCGAAGAUUAUAUUUUGUUCAAAUGAAUUUAAUCAUUUCUUCCUCCAAAAUCGCCUCGAAGCAUCGCUCGCUCUAUCGUACGCGAAAUGAUGCAUCCAUCAACGGAAGUUGGCAACGUUUCGCGGACAGCACUCGACGUAGGAAAUUCACGUUAAAUCCUUAGAAUUAGCAGAAACGUCGCGACGACAAGGAACGGAAUGAAAAGACUCGAACAACUUACGAAAUGCUGGAUUGUCUCACCGUGUGCAACAGCGCUUGCAUAACCUGCAUCUGGUGCAUUCUGUUCUCCACGUGUUUUCCAAGAUUCGCUGGUCCGAGGGGGGUCGAUUCCAGCGACUGUUGCGGUCUAAAACUAACUGCAAAGAACAAGAAGAUCUCGCGCAUUCUUCAAUGCAGUUUGAGCUCCGCCGACGGUGAACCAGCUGCCGGAGACGACCAGCCAUCGAGUGAAAUGCUUCGCGAUAAUCGCAAGCGAAGACCAUCGGCACAGAAACCAGAAGAGCAGCCCGAAUCAUAAAAAAAUGAAGCGAUCCUUUCACUGUCGAUUCAGUUUUAUUUUUUACCCUACAACCAUCAAGAUCGCGGCAGUUUCAAAAUUUUCUCUUUAAAUUAACUAUGAUUCUAGACACCCAACUAUUACUUUAUUCGGUUUGGCUUCUUGUAUCGUCGUCUUCGGAGUCGACGAAAAUGAGAUGGAUUAUUCAAAUAUAAAUAUAUAAACCUACAGGUGAGGCAGUGUAUCGAAAUUAAUGACCGAUAGCGUAUUUCGAAGCCCGUUUAAACGUUCGAAACUCCCCGAGUCUCCCUAUUCCAAGCAACGAUCUCCAACCUGAACCGCAGUGAAAUUCGCGCGUCCGCAGUUUCCUCCGUUCCGUGGAUCCCGACGCUCGUUAAUAACGUUGAUCGUCGACGUUGGCGUCGAAUAGGAAUAAAUAAAUCGGUGGUCGGUCACGCGGCAGGUGGUGAGAACGCGCGAGAUCGCCGAGGGUGGUCCCGGGCGUUGUUUUCAUUGUGAGUCGCAACCGUAACUCGCCGACACGUACGUCGUACGUAAUAUCAUCAUUAUAACGCGUCACACAGAUGCGCCGGGGACAUCGAGAUUUCGUUUUUAUAUGUAUAUAUUGCGGUUACGUUGGCUUUGUGCCGUCUCCUCUCUAAAGAGCAGCCAAAAGGACCCCUGGAGAGGGAAGGUUCCGCGUCUCUGCGGGGUCGAACGAUUCGCCUGCUACCCCUGUCGACAGCUACGGGUAAUCUGUACGCUCUUCCUGCUUACGCUUCCCCACGUCUAUAUAUUUCACGUGUCUUUCCUCUCACGGGUCCAUUACCUGCGAGUUAACCCUGCGGCCGCGUCGACGCGCCAAUCUGGGACAAAUUACCUACGCUCUUCAAACUACGGUAGCCGUUAUCGACGUUAUCCUUCGUGAGGUGGCAGUACCAUUGAACAUAGAAAUAGAAUAGAACACUACAUUUAUAAAAAAAAAAGUUGUAUAGUUGAAAUUUAUUUACUGUGCAAACAUUAUUAUACGAACUUUACCUUUUUGGAUUCUUGCAUGCUCGCACAGUCGAAUUUCCUAUAGAUGCAUGAAAAUAUGAAGUCUACUGAUUAUACAUACUUUUCCGCUACAUACACGGUAUAUACUAAAACAACAGGCGUCAGCGAUCGAGGUAUAGUAUAGUAUAGAUAUCGAAAUCGCUUCUAGCAUCGUUCGUCAAAUAUCAUCCAAGUGAACUCGGCGCCACUAUGCACACCGGUGUCUUCCGUUUGGUCGACACGUCAAAAUUUCGCUGAUCCAGUCGAGAUCGUCGUCGCUAGAAAGAUCCUGCCGCGUGGGAUCUUUAUCAUGUUGGAGCCGCUGAUAGUGCUGACAGUGUUGAACUGUUUCUUCAUGUUCAGCUCGACGGUGACGACCUGCGCGUUAUGGUGGCAAUACAGAAGUCAUCGGUGCUGUUUCAAGAAAGACCCCGCGUCACAGGCGGCGAGAGAGGCUUUCUCCAAGUUGAAGAGCACCUACGUGUCCAAGACCUCGAAGAAGCCUGGAGUUUCGAGGAACGAGCCUGGACGUGGCUCUCCGAAGCAAACAGAGAAAUCCAUCAGUCGCAGCAAGUCGAACUCGGCGGUGAAUCACGAAGCCAAGAGCAAGAGGACGUCGAAGCAAAAGGCCAAGUCCAAUCCGAAGCACCUGGCUCAAAAUAAAUCGCCAAGCGAGGAACGAAUACCGUCCGCGGAAACGAUCGGAAACUGGGACCUCGAGGACAAGACGAGGAUGUCGGAGGCGUCGCAGACAGUGAACGACGGAAAGUCAGCUGUAGUGAUGGAGUACUCGACGGUGCAGAAAAUCGUGCAGAUUCUCGACGACGAUACCGAUUUAAACGCCACCAAAUUGGCCAUCAAGGAGUUGAACGCCAAACAGAACGGCGAAGAGAAGAAGUCUGACUUCGAUAGCGGAAAGUCUGAGGCUAUCCCCGCGUAUACACCUCAGACUUAAUUUCAUUGAAUUUUACAGAAUUACACCUUCCCUCGUCGAACUGCGAAUUAAAUCGAUUUUAAUAGAAUAAGUCACGGCUUCAUUUUUACAGAAUAAAUAAGAAAAACU